GUUAGUUGUAUCAUUGCCCCAUUUGUAAUGUGAUAUUGUUUGCGCGUUAGUGCAUUCGGAAGAAUAAACUAUUUAACAAUGAAAUCAUAUAAACGUAAAACCGAUAAUUACAAAAAAUGUCGUUAAUUAUUUUAUUUUUGUUAAUAUUUGUAUCUAGUGUUGUUAGUGAUGUAGUAUGCCCGAAACAAUGUGACUGUGAUAUGGUUAAUGGGUUGAAUCGCGCCGUGUGUGUUGAUCAAAACAUUAUCAACAUCGAUGUGGGAGUGCCCACUGCGUUGCAAGUGUAUAGCCUCGCACACAAUGUUAUCAGUGAAUUGGACAACUACUGUUUUAAAGAGUCCGGAUACACUUCACUACAAAUACUGGACUUAUCAUAUAAUCUGAUAUUUUGGAUUGGAUUACAUGCAUUUGCUGGAAUCGAUAAGUUAUUUCAUUUAAAUUUAAGUAGCAAUCGACUGAGAUAUAUACCAUCGGAUCUCUUUUGGGAUACACCUGAACUCAACACUCUUGAUCUAUCGUCUAACGUUUUUGAAACACUUAAAAAUGAACCUUUCAUAAUGCAUGAUAAGCUGCAGAUACUUAAUUUAAACAACUGCCGGAUCAAAUCCUUGCCGGAUAGACUGUUCACUCGACUUCCAAAAUAAAAAUUAGACCUGAGUGAAAAUUACGUAGUUACAAUAACUGCAAAUGUCUUUCGUCCUUUGCAUAAAUUAGAAAGAUUAGAACUAAGAAAUGAUUACUUGGGUUGUAAUCCAGAUUUUAUAGCCCUUGAGAAAUGGAUUAAAUCACAAGGUAUCACGUAUGAUCAACAAUGUAAAAAGAGAUUCCCGAAUAUGUCCGAGAAAAUGAUUUCAUCAGUUAUCGUGGAGAGAAAAGAAAUGGAGUUAGUUGAUGUUUGGAAUAUUACGAAAACAGAAAAUAACACAAAAGAAGUCCAAGAACCAAAAACACCUUUAACACCGUUACAAAAAUUUGACAAAGAUUUUUCAGCGCUUCAGUCUUUUGUGAUUGGGCUUGAAAUAGGUUUGGCGAUUGGUAUAGUAGGUACAUACAUAUGGCUACGCAAGUUUUGUAGAUGUAAUCGUUUAAAUUGUACAAGAACCGACAGCAGGCGCCAGAGGAGAAGAAUACAUCAAUUCACAGACGGUGACAUGAGAAGUAACUUAUUAUGGAAUAGUGGUAUAAACCCAGAUUUAGAAACUCCACCGUACUUUAGACGACAACUAUCAUUGCCUGACAGAAGUCCACCGUACGGAAUACCUGGCGUAGCAGCCUCCGGGUUACAAGUCGACGCGAUCCGCCUUCCAGAUAGAUCAGAAACUCCCCCGCCUCCGUACAAUGAAUGCCGCAUCAAUAUUUAAUAUAUUACUUAUAAGGUUAGAACUGUCCCUCGUUGGCGUAGUUUAAUUGUGUAGGUACGCGUUACGGCUAUGGCGUUGAAGUAUCGGACUUAAUCUGAGUCGAAUAAUGUGUUAAUAUUGGAUUUUUCCGCUCAGAUUUAGUCCGAAGUCUAGAAUUUUGCCCGAUUAAUGGCAAUAGCCUUAACCGAAAAUGUUGCACCUCUGACUACCCCUGAAAAAAAAAUCCGUGAUGCAAUGUAUGUAACAAUAAGAAAUAUUUAAUAAAAUAUAUUAAUAUUUUAUACAACUUUGGUAAAUAAUAUCUCCAAGAACCUAUAAAAUUGUUAUUGUAAGGAGAUAGUUCUCAUAUUUCGGAGGAAAAUUAAUUAACAUUAAGCAGAAUUUUUUGUAGGCUAUAAUGUUAUCUCCCAUAUACGGGCUUUCUUAUAUUAUAAGAUAAUUGUUAUACUCAGUUACGUACAUACUUUAACUUUAAAUGAUCAUAGGAUAAUUUUUGUAACUUGAGGUAUUUCCCUAUCAUGAACGAGUUAACGCCCUUAUAUUAAUAUUACAUACCGGAAAAAUAUAAUAAAGAAGGCGGCUUUUGAAUAAAUUCAAAUUCACUGACCUUUAGGAGAAAUUAUCAAAUCCUAAACUAAUGGCUAAUGAUCAUUGAAAUUAAUUGACGUCUCUGAGAGUGGCUAGUUUGAAGUUGCUACCAAUUAAAUUAACAUUAUACAGGAUAUCUAUAGAGACAAAAGAUGUACAUAUAAAAUUUUAUCAUUUGUGCAUAACCUUUUGUGAUAUUAUCAGAGUAUGUUUCAUGGUUAGGUAUAAGUGAGUCAUAUUUUGUAAUAAAAUUAAACAAAGACU